AUGCCAGAAAGGUCGAUUAAAGUUUACCCGAAGGACGCCCCUUGGAUGACAAUAAAACUCAAGGAGUUGAUUCGUUUGCGUCAAAAUGCAUUUCAUUCCAACAAGAAGGGUCCAGUUUUCAGAUUCUACCGCAAUGCUGUCAAUAGAGAAAGGAAACUAUGCAAAGCAGCCUACUAUACUUCAAAAGUGCAAGAUCUCAAAGGUAUGAAUCCCCGUCAGUGGUGGAAAGAGAUAAAUAAUCUGAGUGGAUCCAAAAAACAAAACCCCAAUUUACUGUCCUCCCUCGAUGUACAGCAAUUCACCAACAUGUCCCCCCAAGAAAUCGCCAGUGCAAUAAAUGAAGCU